AUGAAUGAAGUAUGGGCUUUGAACGUAAUAUUUAUGAAGCGUCAACUGUGCUCGAAGGACCGUUGUGAUAUAGAUUUUAUAGCAACGAGCAUAGAUCUAACAACAGCUCGUUCAUCCACUAUUGCUGAGAUCAACGAUAUAAAUCUUGGUCUUUUGGUGGAGGUGUGGAAUAAAGGCGUCAUUUGGGAUCGCGCCUUGGGGUACCAUUACCUGCCGCUAACUUCCGUCGCUUACGAUGAGCAAGAGUGCGGUGGUAGGUGGGUGGAGUUGGAGGCGCAGCUGAUGAUGCGCGGCGGCGCUGUGGUCGGCACCACCGGCCCCACCGGACAUGCCUUGUUACUGGACUGCCGAUUCGAACCACCGUUCGUGUCACAUGACGUCAUUACAGAUGCAGAAGGUACCGGUGGAACCGACUUGCAGCGCAAGUUGGACCUGCUUAACGGCGCCCUCGACGCAGAGCGCGCGGAACAGGCGAGACGGCAGCUACAAUACGUUGCGCAUUCCGGGUAUUCCGAGGAUUCUGACUACACGUCUGACCUCAACUACCCCGUGGGUCAGCACGCUAAUUGCAGCGCAUCGCAGUUCAGGAGCGCCGCGCAUCAGAUGCAUACGCCGCAGAGGUCUUUGGAGGCGUCACGAGAGAAUUCAUACGAGAGAGAAGAAUAUCAUCUGCAUGGAGAUACCGACCCUCUCUAUUAUAAUAGUCAACCAAGAACUAAUAGGAUAGAGACAUGGUCGCAACUUCAUGCACAGGCGAGCGUGGAAUCAGCUGUGUCAUGGAGAACAGCAACAGAUUGGCAGUCGGGAGAGGAACAGCGAAGGCCUAGCCUCGAGCGUCAAAACACGUUAUACGAUGAUAGUAUAGGAUACGGGUAUGACCCAUACACCACUAGCACGCACAUUAGGGACCAUUCACAUUUAUCACAUCAAACCAGCUACGAGGAGUAUUAUGACUCCAGCAGCUACCAGUAUCCAUACGAUGCUUACGGUCGGUACUUCUUCGAAGAGUCUCUAGGCCUAACUCCGACGGAAUAUGAAAACAUCGUCAAUAAACGACGAUCUUCUGUCGUCCAACUGCCGCAAAUGCCGCCCAAACAGUUGCCACCAUCGUCUAGAUAUUCUGACUACAAUGAAAUGGCUCCAUACAGACCGCGGCCGCGACGUACAACAGCUAGUCUUCCAGCAACACCUUCAUCAACUCCGAAGCGUGGUCGGGCGUUGCCGGUGCCUCCCGGCAGCGAGUCAGGGUGGGGGCGCAGGGGUCGUCGCCUGCCUCAACCCCCCGCCAUUAAGGCAGCCUCCCGACUCGUCACCGCUCACACUAAGACUGCGCACACCCAUGUGCCUUACACUACCGAGCCUGAAAGAGCUGUUCCAGAUGUUAGUUAUGGUUACGACAAUUACAAGACUCAACCACAGCAUCAAGACGUCGUUACGGAUCAAUAUCAAGACACCAAUUAUAAUACGAAUUACGAUGAGGAUGGUAUGCAGCCAUUCUUUGAUGAAACUCCCCACGCUACACCACCAGCUGCUACAGCUCAAAAGGCGUCGUGGGCUGAAACGGAAACUACAACUCAAUUUUCUUAUCCGGUCACAAGUGAACUGGAUUCUGUGAUACCCAAGUCUGUGCCAUCAAAACUUAGUUCAUACGUUCAUCCGCCUGUUACAAAUAAGCAAGAUAUUUAUAGGGAGCAAAAUUAUCAAUCGUAUGAUACGAAAUACGAUAGUAGACAAGAGUUUAUUAAGUUUCAACAAGAUCAAACUUAUCCAGAGGAAGUUAUACCAAACCAAUAUCUGGAUCAAAAGACGGAUUAUGGCUAUCAGUAUCCAACUGAUCAGGAAUAUCAAUUUAAAGGGAAGCAAGAUUAUACUGAUGAUGAACGUGAGUAUCAGAAGCAGCAGGAAUUGGUGCAAUUGGAACAAACAUAUUUCGAAGACUUGCACCAGUUUCAGCAAAGUCGUCAAAGCCAGCAUGAGCGAUUAAAUCAACAAAAUGAAGGCCUUAAUAAAGACCAGUUCCAUCAACAAGAUCAAUUAUUUCAAAAGGAUAGAUUCGAUCAACCAGAUUUACGACCUUAUCAAAAAGAUCGCUAUCCGACAGAUCAAAUAUAUCAGCAGGAUCGAAUAGCUCAAAAAGAUCAGGCUUACCAAAAGGAUCUUUCAUAUCAGCAAGAAAGUAAAUCGUUUCAACAAGAGCAGCGUUAUCAGCCAGAUCAAAAUUAUCAAACAAAUCAACCAUAUCAAGAACAGUCAUAUUAUCAAGAGACCUCAUAUCAGCCAGACCAAACAUUCCAACAGGAAAAGCAACAGUAUCAACAGGAAUCAUCUUACGUACAAGAUCAGCAGUAUCAAAAACAACAUGAGGUCCAACAGCCACAACAAUAUACUCAACAACAGUCUUAUCAGAAACACUACGAUCAAGAAGCAUUUGAUAAGCAACCACAACAAUUUAUUCAAAACCAACAACAACAAUACGAGCAACAGCAAUAUCAACAACAACAACAAAAUCAUCAACAACAACAACAACAACAACAACAAAAUCAACAACAACAAUAUCUUGAUCAGCAACAUCUGCAGCAACAGCAACAACAUACUUUACAGUACCAACAAAAGCAACAGUUACAGCAAAGCCAACAGCAACAGCAGCAGCAACAACAGAAACUUCCAACCCAACAGCUUCAAACAACUGUUUUAACAGGCGCAGCUACACUUGGAUCAUUGAUGGCUGGAGGGGCGAAAAAAUUAGGUAGUUUCUUCGGUGCAGCCGCAGCUGCUGUGGCACCCCCUGCUCCUAGUCAACAGCAGCAACAGCAACAACAACUUCAGCAACAGCAAUUUCAGCAACAGCAGUUUCAGCAACAGCAGUUUCAGCAACAGCAACUUCAGCAACAGCAACAGCAGCAACAACAACAACUUCAGCAACAAGCACAAACAACAAGUAUACCAAUAACUUCAAGUACCGUAACACAACUACCUUCCGUGACAGCUCCGGCAUCUAAGCCCUCAAUCACCUCAUCAUCUGAUAUUUAUACCACAUCCGUCCUUGAAGAACAACCAACCUCACCUGGACACACGGUGACAACAACAGCUCCAUCUUUACCGAGGACUCCAUCACUAAAACGACAAGAAUCAAUACAAAGGCCUUCAGUACGUCGUACACGGACCUUACCCGAUGCCCCAGAGGAUUUUUCUCAGGGAAGUUUCGACGAAAGUGCCUACGAGGAUGAGUACAAUAAGACUGAACUUGAUCAAGUAGAUCGCGAUAGAACAUCCUUGGACAGGUAUCGUGAUGACGACUAUCUUCACGACGUUAUUCACGAGGAUGUCAUGGAAGAGGAGAAAAUGGUUGAUGAAUCUGAUAUACAAAAGACUGCUUCACCUACUAAAACUAUAUCUCAAGUCAGAAAACCUUCAGUUGAUAGUUAUCAUAGCCAAGCUCCCUCAGUUCUUGAUAGAAAGACUUCCCAAAGCUCAUUUAUAUCUCAACAUGAAGACAAACUUACAGUGCCUACAACAUUAGAAGAACAAGCUAUGGAUAAAUCAAAAGUGACAUUUCACGAAGAGCGAACGACAUACCACGAGGUGCCUGACGAGCAAGACCGUUUUGAGAGACAGGAGUCAUUUGACCAGGACACAGAAUUUCCUGAUGAUCAGGAUCAAUAUCAGGAUGAAACGUUCAGGGAUGAUGAGAAAUUCGUCGAGGAGGAGAGAUUCAACGAAGCCGACGACCAGUAUCCUGAGGAUAGUGUCUUUAAUGAAGACCAGGAAAGGCAGGAGGAUGAACCGUUAGACUUCCAACCAGAGCAACCCAAACUAACAGCGAAGCAGAGGUGGCAUCGAGCUUACAACAAGAUCGUCAUGAACGUGAGUAAUAUUUAUAGCAAGUAG